AGUUGCUAAUUUCGUUUUUCUUGUGGUGUCUUCUAUUUCAGAACACAUCAACAUGCAAUUGUUUGUACGUGGUUUGGAAAACAUUGAGACUCUUGAUGUCCAACAAGAUGUCACCAUUGCCGCUGUUAAGGCCCACAUUGCCCAGCUCCAUGGCUACAACACUGAGGAAAUCGUUUUGAACUGCGAAGGCAAUGCCUUGGCCAACGAAACCCCCAUCUCUGCCUUGUCCUCUUUCGAAUUGGACAUCACCAUCCCAAUGUUGGGUGGUAAAGUGCACGGUUCUUUGGCUCGUGCCGGUAAAGUCAAGGGUCAAACCCCCAAGGUAGAAAAGCAAGAAAAGAAAAAGAAGAAGACCGGCCGUGCUAAGAGACGUAUCCAAUACAAUCGUCGUUUCGUCAACACCGUCUCCGGUUUCGGACGUCGUCGUGGCCCCAAUGCCAACUCCGCUUAAGAA